CAUAUUUAUUAUUCAGUUACAAUUCACAAUAUUUUCUUGAUAUUUGUGUAAACUUCGUGCGAGAUUCGAUUCAGAUCAACUUUUCCUCUCCCUGGAGAUUUCGUUCGUUCUUUGAUCAGUUGACUACAAUUCCUCUUGCAGAUCUCAUAGCUUCGACACUGCCCGAAUGAUCUUUGUAUAAUAAUGUGGCUUUCUGUAAUUUCCUCAUUUAUAUUACUGCGUUACGGUUGGACGCAACCAGCACAACUAAUCCCAACGGUCGAUCCAAAUCACUUCGGUGCUGAUGGUAAUCCAUGUUAUGAUCGCGAAACGUUAGCACCGCAGCGAUGUGUGCCCGACUUUAUCAAUGCUGCGUUUAACCUCGAAGUUGAGGUGACGAACACAUGCGGUGUCAAACAUCCGACAAAAUUUUGCGUUCAGUCGGGUCAUUCAGCUGCGCGGAGUGUCUGUGACACUUGCGAUGCAAGGCAUCCGGCCUUCGAGCAUCCAGCGCGAUAUCUAACAGAUUUUAAUAAUGCUAAUAAUGAAACGUGGUGGCAGUCAGAGACUAUGAAUGAGGAUAUGCAGUAUCCUAAUAGCGUUAAUCUAACACUCACUCUUGGUAAAACCUUUGAUAUUACUUAUGUCCGGCUAAAAUUUAUAUCACCUCGACCGGAAUCCUUUGCUAUAUAUAAGAAAACAUCAUUAGAUGAUGAAUGGGUACCGUGGCAAUACUAUUCCGGUUCCUGUCGCGCUACCUACGGCCUUCCGGACAAGGCUCCUAUUCUUCCUGGUAAUGAAGCUGUUGCUCAAUGUACUAAGGAAUUUUCUGAUAUUUCGCCCAUAACUGGUGGAAAUAUCGCGUUUUCAACACUUGAGGGUAGGCCGUCGGCCCAUGCUUUUGAGGACAGUGAGGUGUUGCAGCAAUGGGUAACUGCUUCGGCCAUCAAAAUUGUCCUGAAUCGAAUGAACACUUUCGGAGAUGAAGUAUUUGGUGAUCCACAAGUGCUACGAAGUUACUUCUAUGCAAUCUCUGACUUUGCUGUUGGUGGAAGAUGUAAAUGUAAUGGACAUGCCUCGGAAUGUGUUCGAUCGUCGAGCGUGGAUGGUGAGAACAGACUGGUCUGUCGAUGUGAACAUAAUACUCAAGGAGCUGACUGUGAUCAAUGUUUGCCGUUUUACAAUGAUCGACCAUGGCGACCCGGUACCGCUAAUGAGGCAAACGAAUGCAUCGCUUGUAACUGCUCGCAAUUGUCGAACCGUUGCUUCUUUGACCAAGAACUCUUCGAAACCACUGGUCACGGAGGACAUUGUAUUGACUGCCAGGGCAAUACUCACGGUGUUCAUUGCGAAAAUUGUGCGGCAAAUCAUUGGCGCCGUCAAGGAGAAAACUAUUGCGUACCAUGCGGCUGUAAUGAGGUUGGAUCAUUGUCACAACAAUGUGACAAUACCGGGCAAUGUCAUUGUAAGCCCGGAGUUGGUGGACGAUACUGUGACCAAUGUAUGGAUGGUUUCUUCGAGUUCGGACCCAAUGGAUGCAAAGAUUGCGGAUGCGAAGUGGCUGGAUCACACGCCAACCAUCCACACUGCGAUGCGAUUACCGGUACUUGCCUCUGUAAGUCAAAUGUGGAGGGACGUCAGUGUAACAAGUGCAAGCCUGGAUAUUUCGACCUCUCCGUGGACAAUCAGUUCGGUUGCACUCCAUGCUUCUGCUAUGGCCAUUCAUCUAUCUGCGCUACAGCGCCUGGAUAUUAUGCUAUGAACAUCAGUUCGGAGUUCGAAACAGACAAAGAGAAAUGGUCUGCACAGUCGCAUCAUGGACUUUUGGACGCACAGUGGGCAGAGUUGGACCACGCGGUAGCGGCAUCGAGUGUUGACGAGGCACCUGUUCAUUUCCUUGCUCCGGAACAAUUUCUUGGCGAUCAGCGCAGCUCUUAUAAUCAGCUGCUCACUUUCAAUCUACGUGUCACAAAACAAGGAGCCAGACCAAGCGUCAAAGAUAUUGUCAUCGUUGGCGGAGACGGUCAAGAACUAUCGCUUCCCAUCUUUGCUCAAGAUAAUCCAACUCCUUCUCCCGAAAACCAGGAAUAUCGUUUUCGUAUCCAUGCAGAUCCUCAGUUCCAAUGGCAUCCACGCUUGAAUGAACUGGAUUUUAUAGGAAUUCUGUCCAAUGUUACGGCAUUGAAAAUCAGGGGAACAUAUUCACACCAGGAUGUCGGAUUUUUGUCGAACGUUCAUCUCGGCACAGCUGGUCUAGCCCCAUCGUCUGACCCUAAGCCUGCUAACUGGGUUGAACACUGUGAUUGCUUGAAUGGCUUCGUUGGCCAAUUCUGCGAAUCUUGCGCUCCUGGCUAUCGGCGUGAACUAAAGUACGGAGGACCAUUCAAUCGUUGCAUCAAAUGCGAUUGUCAUGGACAUUCGGAUAGUUGUGACGCAGAGAGCGGAGCUUGUAUUUGCGAGCACAACACAGCUGGUGACACUUGUGAACGAUGCGCUCGAGGUUAUUACGGUAAUGCUCUGACAGGAACUGAAGACGAUUGCUCGAAAUGCCCAUGUCCUGAAGAUGGUCCUUGUAUACUUCAUACCGACGGCGAUGUUCUUUGUACAGAAUGUCCUCUUGGCUAUACAGGAAGAAGAUGUGACGAAUGCUCAGAUGGCUACUUUGGAAACCCUAAAGAAGGUAUUCCUUGCAAAGAAUGUGAAUGCUCUGGAAACAUCGAUCCAAAUUCUAUCGGGAACUGCGACAAAAUUACCGGAGAAUGCAAGAAGUGUAUUUACAACACUUACGGGUUCAACUGUGAGAAAUGCAAACCGGGAUACUGGGGUGAUGCUCUACUGGAUCCGAAGGGAGAUUGUAAAGCUUGCAAUUGUUUUGCACCUGGAACACGUCGUCCAAAUCACGAUUAUACUGUUUUGGAGUGUUCGCAAGAUAAUGGUCAAUGCGAUUGCUUACCACACAUCAUUGGUUUCCAUUGUGAUCAACCUGAGCAUGGUUACUUCAACAUCAGCUCCGGUGUGGGUGCACAACAAUGCGGUUGCGAUCCUCUUGGAUCAGAAGACUCUACUUGUGAUUUGAACACUGGUGUUUGCAAAUGUAAACCUGGUGUGACUGGACGAAGAUGUGAUAUGUGUGCUCCUUAUCACUUCGGAUUUGGGCCGAAUGGUUGCCAAUCUUGCGAUUGCGAGGUCAUCGGUAGCGAAAGCAGACAGUGUGACGUCAACACCGGACAAUGUUUGUGUCGUGACCACAUCCAAGGUCGUCGCUGCGAUCAGUGCGUUGAGAAUCGCUAUGACAUCAAGUCUGGAUGUCUGCCUUGUGAUGACUGUUAUACGUUGAUUCAGACCAGAGUAAAUGCUUUCCGUGAAAGCGUCAAACUUCUGGACAACACUCUCAAAGAGAUUAUUGAAAACCCUGCUCCGGUUAACGAUACCGACUUUGACGAUCGGGUGAAGCAAGUCAGCAAGGAUGUGCAAGAUCUAGCAGCUACAGUGACACAAAAGCUUGAAUCCGAUGACUCCGGUUUGGUUGGCCAAGUGGCUCAGCUAAGAAAAGACAUAGCCGAUGCCCUCACAAAUGUGAAGAGUGUGGAUGAAAUGAUGAAUGCAGCACGUGGAAAAGUUGAACAGACCGAGGUCGGACUACAACGGUGGAAGAUCAUCAAUGAGCAAGCUAGGAAUGAACUGGAAAAUGCUCUUCAUUACUUGGAAACUGAAGGUAAAACACAGUGGGAGCUGGCUAAGGAAGCAAGCAAGAAAUAUGGAGAACAGAGCCAGCAGAUGUCGAAUCUUGCCCAAAAGACCCGAGAAGAAGCGGACAAGCAUGAACAGCAGUCCAAGGACAUCGAAAAAUUAGCAGAAGAAGCGAAUGCUAACGCAAAGAAGGCACAUAAGGAGGCAAGAGAUGCUAUCUACGGAGGUGAGCAAGUGUCGCAGCAAAUUGCCGAAAUGAAAGAGCGACAAGCACAGUUGAACGAGACCCUGGGCAGGACGCUAGAGUUGGCUGAAGAGCAGAAGAAAGCAGCGGCGGACGCCAAUCAGGCAGCGGCUGAGGCACUGACUGCGGUGGAGAGCCUUCGCCUUCCAAAUUUUGACCCCCAACAGCUGAAAGCCGAUGCUAAAGCGAUAAGUGACGAUGCCAAGGUAGCCAUAGAAAAUACCAAUAAGGAAGCGGAAAACAACAAGGAAGUGCUGGAGCAGGCCGCACGUGCAGCUGCCGAAGCUAGGAAUGAACUGCAGAGCGCUGAGGAUCAACAGCAGGUAUCUGAUGCAUUACUGGCCGAUGUCGACGCUGCCAGAGCUCGAGCUGAUGCUGCUUUGAAAGUGGCUGAGAAUACGUUAAAAGAUGCCGAGCGAACAUUGGAAACUUUGAACGAGUUCAAUGAGCGAGUAGAAAAGUCCAAAGCUGCGGCUGUGGAACAGCUUGGGAAAUUGAAUGAGAUCGACGAGGCCAUCAAGAAAGCAGAGCAAGUCACCAGCGAGGCAGAAAAUGCCAUCGGUUCUGCUGCUGCCGAUGCUGCUCAGGCCAAGGAACUUGCCCAGCAGGCUGGCGAGGACGCUAAAGUUGUUAAUGAGAAAGCAAAUGCUUUCCAAAAUCUGACCAUGCAAACAAGGAAGUCGGCGGAAACCUUAAAUGCCGAUGUGGAUCAGUUGAUGGAAGAGCUGGCUGAAACGAACUCGACUCUGGAUAGCUACAAAGCUCAAGCGGAGACUGAUAAGCAGAUGGCAACAGAGGCUGUCCGAAAAGCUUCAUUAGCGGAGAAAGCAGCUCGAGAUGCGAAUGCGACUAUUGCUGGAGAAGCGGAUCAGAUCAAAAAAAUCAUUGAUCGAUUAAAUGCCCUUGAGUCAGUAAAUAAUGCCGAACUUGACGAGUUAGAAACUGAACUCGACAGCUUAGACCAGUUGCUGACUCAAGCUGACAUCGAAAAUCAGGUUCCUCAACAUAAGAUGUCAAAAACAGAAGAAGAUAGGCGCAUAACGCAAAUAAAAAAUGAAAUCGAUUCUCUCUCAAAAGAGGAAGUGUGGGCCACCGGUGGUCCAUAUCGUCGUCAAUGGGUUAAUACUAGGCUAAGCCAAGCAACCAAAUAUGAUGCUUGCAUAACCGCAAUGCUUCUUCAUAAGCUAUGCCAAGCAAAUGUAAGGAGCGAUUUACCACAACCACCAGAUGAUUUGAACGAGAAUACCAAGAACAAUCGGUUCCGAGGUAGUCCUGGAGAAGGCAAGUUAAAUCAAAGUGGUUUCGGUAAGAAGGGGACGAGCUGGGAGUCAUGGGGUCCAAAUAUAGAAGUCAUGGUACCUGUUACUGAUCAUUUGAGUCCUCGCAUACGACCUGCUGACUCGAAACUUUCGAGAAAACCUGUUUUUCCUCCUGGAUUUAAUCCUCCUAGAGUUGGCGAUGGUCCACGUCCUUUUAUCAGAUUUCCCGAUCUUGACGAUGACGAUAGACACUGGUAUCUACCGUAUGUCUCGCCACUGCGACGAUUCUACAGCACAAUGACUAGGACACACCUUUACCACACCGAACCCGCACCAAUUUCGAGAUUUCUGUCCGAUCCCCAUCAUAAUGAACCCUCCCCUGGCCGAAUGAUCACAGUGAACUUAUACAACCAGCAAAAAUACGAGAUUCGUCGUCACUGCCCCUUUUUGGUUCCUCUUUACUCUGCGUUCAACGCUGAAACAAAAUGUCAAAAAAUGACCACUGAUGUGAAAGUGCUUAACCAGCUUACGGACGAGGGAUGGUAUAAGAUGGAACAAGUUGGUUAUUGCGUCAAGGGAAAGAACUGUGGAGCUACGCAGCCACUCAGAGAGCUUCAUACGAAGAAAAGCCUUUCAGACAUCGUCUACACUUCGGAUGAUACUGAGUUCGAAACGCUGAAUAAGAAUAUACACUAUGCAGGCACAGGAACAGGACCUUUAUGUUACUUAUGGUGGGUUGAGUGAAAUGUGUAAUGUUGAAAUAUGAUUUCGGCCGACAAUCACGUGAGCAGUGGAAACUGGCAGAUACUCAGAGGCUUAGAAGAUGCUGAAUGAAGUUUUGCUUGGAACUUACAAAUGUAGAUAAUGUUAGUAAGAGACUCCGUGAU